GUGGACGGCUACUAAUCUUCGGGUCGCCCUAAUCUUCGCGACCUAUUUAUAAAGUGUAUCAGUCAGAACAGCUGUGGUUCAUGUCUAACUAGAAUCUUGGAUUUCAAAUGACAUACGUUGAUAAUUGUUGAAAACCUGAAAUCAAAACAACACAACAUCGAUAUUUAGCGAAGGAUUGUGGUUCGUUAAUUGACUGAAAUACAUUGAAUAAGCUAGGAGCAUAUUUUGCUACAUAUACGCAGUUUUACAUCAUUUCGACGAUGUAAUGUUAUAUUGCGCACUCGAGUAUAACAAUAUUGACAACAUAUUGUGAUAAUCACGAGGCGAUUUAAACAUCCGGAUAUUUAUAUGCAAAGAGCAAAUACAGUAUCGGUUAUAUAUAUCGACCCUGUUAGGCUGCGAGCGGGAGCUACGUUAUGGAAGACCGGAUCAUCGGGCUGAUUGUUGGAGUCAUCGCAUUCCUGCUUAUUGCGCUCCUUGGAGUUUUGCUUUGGAAAGUAUACAAAUACCAUCACGGUUCCAGGAACGCCGCUUUUCUCGCAUUGAUUUUCAAGAAAGGUCCACAGCCGCCUUCGGCAGGAAAAUGCGAGUGUUGUCAAAAAUGUGACGUCAACGCCGACGUGAAAAAGACGGAAAAUAUGAAACGCUUUGAAAACACGUGUCAUACUAAUCGGUGUUGUCAGAAGUGCGACGUAAAAGUUAAAGAAGAAGAAAAACAAUACAAUGCAAACGUUGACAAAGAGAGAAAGGUUUGGCAUACCAACGGGGUGUUAGACGAGGACAAACGAUAUACCAUCGUAAAAAUGACUGGACCCGGAGAAAUGCCGUCAAAUGACGUCACAAAAAGGACGCAUACGAUUGAGUCGCCCGUUAGAAAAUCGGCGGAUAAUUAUUCCUUUAUCGAUCUGAAUGACUGAGAGAAAACUAUCCUAUCAUAUGCUUCCAUUCUUUCUAUCAUUGUUAAUCUUCGAUUGUCUGGCGAUCUUGAAGAACUGGGUUAGAUUCACACUCGAGCGUCCUCAAGAUCUCCAAAACACCAAAAAGGUCUUGUUUUACCCAGGACACAGACUCGAUGAUGCCUCAAGAAGCCUUUUGAAGUUGGUGCAAUCGAGUUUAAAUUAACAGCUUAAAACUGUCAACGAAUAACAGACACAAGUUCGAAAAACGUCACAAUAAACAACAAAAUGGUGACACACAACUGCGGAUUUUUGCGGUAUUCAAUGGGCUGGAAUACAGUUAUUCCCAUGGCGCGUUAUUUCGUGUCAUUUCAAGAUUGGUUAAAGUAUUAGGAUUUUUACUAAGACGCUCCCCCAGGUAUACAAUUAACUUAUUUUCAUACUUCUCGUUUUUCUGCGACGUCGCGUGUAUCUUUCACACGUGUAUAAUGGUGCUAAAUACGUAGGACUAUAUGGUGCUAAAUACGUUGAGUCGUAGAACUAAAUAUAUUUGCUUAUGAUACUGAUGUGUUUUUGUAAAUCCCCCGUGUUUAAAUAUAACUCCAUCAGUUUGUACAGGUGUAUACUAGUACAUAGAAAUCUACAUUCUUUGUAUUCUUAUUGUAAUGUUUAUACACGUUAUUGAAAAUGUAAAGUUUGUUUUAUAUUCAACUUAAUGUUUUGAAUAUUGUUAAUAAACUUAAACACAAUAUACGCUAUGAUCUUGUGUUACAAAUCAUUAUGCUGUUCUAAAAUUAAAGGUUUUGAUGGAUAUCUUUAACCUUAUGCAAUCUCAUUAACAGAUGUAUAUUCAUGUAAUAAAUACACCAACAUA